AUGUCCGCAAAUACAUCCAAUUUAAGCGGAAGUUUAGCUGAUUACAUUGGGAUACCAGAAUCGACAGUUGUUCAACAACGACUUUCAACAGGAACAGGCUCACACUUACCUCCGGCUUCGUCUGCCACAUUCCUUUACGGAGAUAUUGGAACACCAACAGCAGCUCCUACACCACCGGUUCGUUCAUCAAGUACACUGAAAAAGGAACGCCCCAUGAUCUCGCCUCCUUCGAAGCCUCUGCCAACCCCGCCGGAGAAGAAGGAGAAGAAACGCAAGGGUGAGCUGGUUGUUCUUCUCCUCCUCCACCUCGCGUUCACUGCCUACUUCGGUGGUUUACGCAAACCUAACCGAGCGCACUUCACCCUCAUUCCAACAAUUGUUUAUAUUAUUGCCAAACAGUUGGCCGCGCAUAUCACUAACAUUGAAUGGCCUUUACAUUUAUUCCGUCUUCCGCUCUUCACCCGUGGUGGGUCCACAGAACCGUGCAUUUCUGGCCCAACAGACGUGAAGCACGACGUCCACGUGUCCUUCGACCGGACGCUAGGUGAAUUCCGGGUGGUUUGUGAGCUGAGCGUCGGUAAUUUGCCCCUUGGCGAGUCUGUCGUCAGUGCACUGCCGUCAGCCGUUGACAGCCACUUCAUCGCGCGCGCUCUAGGCAUCGCGUCGCCAAACCAAUUCCACGUCACUCCCAAAAGACGCCGCUACUGGCACCAGUUGGGGGUCGCUCGCCUUCUCGCCUCUGUUGCCCUCGUGUGGUCUUUGUCUGGGGCACAAUUUGGCACGCCUCAGUGUCUGACUGAAUCCUGCCAUGCAGGGUUGCGGCUUUCUCCGUUAGAGCUGGCAUCUCUAAAUGUAAAAAAGGUCAAUAUGUCGCUUUGCGCCAAUCCCCAUCUCACGGCGAUGUCUCUCGUUCUCCUUCACAGCCUCAGGAAACCGCCUCCAGGGAGUGUGUUGUGGGUGGUCUCUGCUCCCAUCCAAACCUUGUGUGCAUUCUUGCGUAGGGCGUCAAUCCGCCAUCUGCAGCUGUGUCGUGCCAGUUUGCGCGUCAAUUCACCCAACGCUUACCUUAAGCAGUGGCGACAAGAUUUGGAUCGAAAAAGAAGCGGGGUUGGAGCUAAUCACCCCCUCCAGAUAUCCUCCGUGUCAAGUGGGCAGAACGCGCUCGCCGGAUGUGAAAUGAGGCGAGGGGGCGCCGCGUCCGCCCUGGUGCCAAUUAACAUGCGCGCGCGCGGCAUGCCUCCGCAAUGGGCCCUGCUGCUGAAAAGCUCCAACAUCCCCUCGUCGGAGCAGGCCAAACACCCAGAUCUCAUGCUCGACGUGCUCCACUGCUACGACGAGUCGGCCAAACCCAAAGACAAGUACAUGACAAACAUCUCGGGCGUUACCAUGGCUUCCGCUGGCGCGUCACUUUUCUGGACUAGCGCUGACUGUUGUGCCUCGCCCAGUGAGAGUUUGCCACCCUUUGGACUGUCGUGCAGACGAGGGGCCAGUGUUGCCCCCAUCGAUUGCGACCUGCUCCUGGCGUCUCGGGGUCCCGCGCGAGCCCACGCUCUCGGCAGUUUGUCUGUGGUGUUCGCGCCCCUAAUGCAGUCCAGGGGCUCAUCCGGCUCAGUUGAUUCGGUGAGCCAGUCCUCGUCGACGCGGUGCUCCUCAACAGCCACGCAGCCCUCCUUGGCCUUCGGCGAGGGGCUUCUCAUGUCCGAUGUGCCUCCGGCGACACCCCACCACAAAUUCUCCACCCUCUCCAGCCCCCUAACCAGCUUCGUCUCGGGGUCGCCUUCCUCCGACUACCCACCGCAGUCCGACGGUGGUGCCGCACCCACCUUCCGGGGCUACAGCUACAACGAGAGCACCGCGGGCGCGUCCGCAGUCGCCACCGCCGCGUCGUCUUCCCCCGCCACGCAGCACAGGAGGACAAGCGAGGUCGUCGCGCCUCGACCGCCCCCACCAACUCCACCGCACCGCACCUGUUCCGGCGCCAACAUCACUGCUGAUGAGAAACAGAAUCAGGCAUCCACGGCGUCAGUUCCCAGUCUUCCCACCACCUCUGGUGUCUCCGUCGGCGGCUCCUCGAGCUUCACCAGUAGUGGCUGUUCGUUCUACUACUAUUCGGGCAGUGGGGAGACGGGCAGCUCCCCCACCUCUGGUUGUGCCCCGCCCCCUCCGAUUCCACCCCACCAAGCUUCCGUCGCCGCUGCCGCCGCCGCCGCUGCUGUCCCGGUUGUCCCGGCGACCGCCUCCGCCAACGAUCCCGCCGCAACGCUCCGUGGAAGCCAUCAUCGCUCCGUGCCCCCACCUCUGCCAUCGACAGCCGUUUGCGGCAGUGGUGGCGGCGGAGACGGUGGUGGUGUCUGCGACCACAGAGCCGCCUCUUCCAUGGAGGAGUACCCCUGUCUGUCGCCCUCCGCUCAACCGCAGACUUCUGUCCGCCAUCCCCACGUCGUUCCGCCGCCCGAAACCUUCACGUCAGAAGAAGACGACGAAGAAGUAGACGAGGCAGAGGACGACGACAACGACGAAGACGACGAGAACAACCUGGAAGCGGCGGCGGAGGAGUCUGACUUGGAUGUGGAUUUAGGGGCUGCGGAGAAGGAGAUGUCACCGGAAACCGUGAACGCGAUGGUCCUGUCUUUCGAGGCCGGGGCCACGGUGCGAGACACUUCACCUGUCAGUGUAAGUGCUAAACCUCACUUCGAUGACGUGGCGCGUGUGUAUGCGGCGCAGAUUUGUCUCACGAAAUGCCUCCACGCCGACUCGCACGAGAUUGACGUAAGGGUCUUUUUCCUGCCCUGUCUAUCGACCCUAAACGUGUACGCCCCCCGUCUGGUGACAGGGCCGCACCGCGUGCGUGCGUGCGUGCGCGCGCGCGCUGCUUUGGUUGCACGGUCGCACUUUGCGACUGUGCUUCUCUCAUUUCAGGAUGCCACGGCGACCCUCCUGCCCCCUCCUCCGCCCCCGCCACCACCACAACCAGACACCAGAGGAGGCCCUGCUCACGAGAACGGCGGCACCCUAACCAAUGGCCACUCGAAGAAACACCCAAUUCCCGAAAACGACACUUCCACAGUGAAGCCGGCGUCGAGCGCGAAGGCGUCACCAGCGUCCAAAACCGCGGCCUUUCCCGCCAUCCCACCGACCAACGCGACCUUCCAGCCGGCCACUGGAACCGCCCCCCUCCACCACUUCCCCAACUCGCCAAAAUCCAACCACCACCAGCACGCCGCGCCACGGCGUCGCACCAACAACCACCACCACCGCCUCACCGAUCUGCAAGUCUACGAGAAGCUGCGAGCCGUCGUCAGUGCCGGCUCGCCUACGGACAAGUACUGCGUGGUUGAGAAGAUUGGUCAGGGCGCCUCGGGUGUGGUGUGCAGUGGCUACGAGAUCGCGACGAACAAGUUGGUCGCCAUCAAGAAGAUGAACAUUUCGCAGCAGCCCAAGAAAGAGCUCAUCAUCAACGAGAUCCUUGUGAUGCGGGCCAACCGUCAGCCCAACAUCGUCAACUUCCUCGACGCCUACCUCGUCGCACCCGCCUCCCCCACCUCCCCAUCGGCCGUCAAGACCCCGCCGCCGCCCAGUCUCCACAGUAAUGCGCCGUCGGCCGGCGAGGAGUUGUGGGUCGUGAUGGAGUACCUCGACGGUGGAUCCCUCACCGACGUCGUCACGGAGACCUGCAUGGAAGAAGGUCACAUCGCGGCGGUGUGUAGAGAGAUCCUCCGCGCACUGGAGUUCCUGCAUUCGAACAACGUCAUCCACCGCGACAUCAAGUCCGACAACAUCCUCCUCGGCAUGGACGGCUCGGUGAAGCUGACUGACUUCGGUUUCUGCGCGCAGCUCUCCAACGAGCGCACCAAGCGCUCCACCAUGGUCGGCACGCCCUACUGGAUGGCGCCGGAGGUGGUCACGCGUCGUCAGUACGGCUACAAGGUCGACAUCUGGUCGCUCGGAAUCCUGGCCAUCGAGAUGGUCGACGGCGAGCCACCCUACCUCACCGAGAACCCCCUUCGUGCACUGUACCUGAUCGCGACGAUCGGCAAGCCGGAGAUCAAGGAGAGAGCGCGUCUCUCCGCGACCUUCCUCGACUUCCUCGACCGGUGUCUGGAGGAGUCGGUGGACAAGCGUGCCACCGCCUCGGAGCUCUUGAAUGUACGUCUGUGUGCUUGCUGCUGCUGCUGCUGCUACUGCUGUUUCGCUACUCCACCCUACCUAACCCUAACCCUCAUUCCAUUUUGGUGUUUGUUUGUCUUGCCAGCAUCCCUUCAUCACCACCCAGGCGAAGCCCCUCUCCAGCCUCGUGCCUCUCAUCCAAUUGGCCAAGGAGCAGAAGUGACGCGCUUGGUGCGGUCUCGCGCUUCCAAAAGGCCGACGCUACUCAAUCUAACACAUUCCCGAACACAGCCCACCUCGACUCCGUUCUCCUCCGAUUUCACGCCCCUUCCCCACGAAUACGAUGACAGCAAAGCAUUUCUCAACUCCCCUGCUGCCCUCGCCCCUGUUCAGCGAUUUGGGACAAUCACCUGCCCGUCCUUCGGCCAUCGCAGAAGCUGUAUAGGUCUCGCAUCCACAACCACCACCGCCACCACCACGCCACCCUCUGUCCCAGCUUACUUCCAGCACACGCUCUUGCGCCUCUACAGUCGAUUGUUAAUUUACUGA